CAUCGUGGCGAUGUACAGGUAUCAUUCAUCAAAUUUGAUACGUAGGGUACCAUACCGCACGGCGCACGGUACCGGUACCGUACUUGGCAAAUGUCAUGUACAGAUUUAAGAAUGUAGUCCGCUAUGUUGAGACUAUGCAAACCUUUAUUUUGUGAACUUACCAUCUUUUUCAAAGUGGUUAUAGCCUAGUAAGAUAUCCAGAACCGCAAUGUCUGAAUGUGGUUUCGCGAAAAUGUAAUUGUGGAGAAAUACAUCAAUUUUCCUCAGUGUUGUGUGUAUAAGAAAAGAUAUUUAAUAUGGUCUUUUGUCACUCUAUAUCUUUCUAAUAUAACUAUUGUGCAAUAUCUUCAAAAAAUACUUAUUGCUUGAUUACCGUACAUAAGCGAUGCAAUAUGCUUACAUUGAUUUCAGUUUGAAGCUGUAAAAUACUCAAAUCUAACUGUAUAACAGUAAAAUGGGAGCAAAGAGACAAAAGAACAAUCCUAAACGGGAGAAAAAUAAUCAAAAAAAGACCAAACUGCUAUCAAAUAAUAUUAUUGCAACAGCAGUGGGAUUAUUUUCUUGUAUUGCGGGUUUCUAUAUUGUGUAUUUUUCAAAUCCGCACCAAAACAAGGUGGUGACAAUAGAAGACAUUGGUGGGAGCUAUAAUAUUACAUGUUCAGAGGAUUAUAAAGAACAUCCCAUUUUUACUGAAUGCACUCCAAUUAAAACUUGCGGACGUUUUGUCCGGGAUAAUAUUGUGAGUGAUGAGGAAGUUGAGCAGUUACUAGCUCUUGCAAAACGAGGUUUUGCACAUGGUGGGUCUGAUGGUGGAGCAUCAAUUCUUGAUUUACAUUCUGGGGCUUUGUCUAUGGGUGAACGUUUUGUCAAUAUUUAUGAGUUUUUAGAAAAUGAUGCUCUUUUGGAAACAUUUAGAGAUGAAGACUUUGAAUUAUACAACGAUGUUAAAUCCAGAGUUCACAAGACAAUUUCAGAAGCAUUCGGAAUCGAUCCUUCAAAAUUAUAUUUAACGCAUCCAACCUUUUUCUCAUCAAUCACCAAUACUUCAGCAAAAACUCAGCAUGAUGAAUAUUGGCAUAAGCAUAUAGAUAAAAUUCAAUAUGGAUCGUUUGAUUAUACAUCGCUGCUAUAUCUAACUAGUUAUAAAAAAGAUUUCGAAGGUGGAAGAUUCGUUUUCGAUGAUGCAAAUAGUGUCAUCAUUGAACCCAAAAGCGGAAGAUUAUCCUUUUUUACCUCUGGAUCAGAGAACCCACACCACGUCGAAAAAGUGACAUCUGGUGUAAGAUAUGCAAUCACAAUUUCUUUCACUUGUGAUCCAAAGAAGUCAAUAAAAGACCCUAAGAUCAGAACAUGAUACAGCUUCUUAGCUUGAUCUUACUCCAAGCAACAACUAAAAAAAAUGCAAUAAAGGGAAAAUUGUCUGAAUUGUUUCCAAUUUGCCAAAUGCGCUCUUCAAAAAAAAUAAAGCUGGCUAGUACUUUUUGUGGAGCUUAUGAGUACUUUCUAACUUAAUCGGGUCUAAUGUAGUGCCGUACCUCAAGUACUCCUAGUGGACGUAGCAUAACAAUUUUUGCACAUGUCAAUACUAACCCCAACCUGACUGCGUCAAAUAAGGCCCUUCAAACUGUCAUCCAAGAUGCGCAGAUGAUCACCCGAAAUUGAGCAAACCAUUUCUCUCGUCUCAACGAUCUCGAUAUUAGAGAGAUUGCUGCCGUUAGUGAGUUCUGUAUCGUCGGCAUACUUUGGCAACCUCUGUCGGUCAGGUGGGGGUUAGUAUUGAUUGACAUGUGAAAAAAAUCUUUCUGCGACACCCAGUAGAAGAAGAAGUUCUUGAGGUACGAAACUGCAGGAAUACCCCUUGAAUUGAAUUGUAUGCGUUUGGUGGAUAAUUCGCUGACAAUUGGGUGAACCCACACGGCAUAUAAUAAAAUUACAACAGUGUACACAGAAAAACCUUUUUAUUGCAACAGUGUUUUAAAAUGCACAGAAGCUUUGAUCAUUUUGUUGCCUGUCAUUACUGUUAAUUGAAAAUCAUUAGUAUUGUUGCUGUAACUUUAAAUUAGUUUCUAAUAAAAAGUCCUAGGCUAGCCACACCCAGCUUGCAUAUAAUUAUGUAACAAGCACUAUUUCAAUGAAACGCUGCUAUAAAAACGUAAUAAAACACCACAAUCAUUUUUGCCAAUCUACUAUUUCCAACACAGGGCUUUUAAAACUAAUCUGAAGUGAUGCUUGGCAACUGCCUGGAAUGUUUAAUGCCGGAGGAAAUAAAAUUGGAACAAAAGUAUGGGACAUUGUGCUUAAGAGGAAAGAUACAGACAGAGAAUGUGUACAUGGUUACAAAUAGAGCAAUGUGACAUGUCAGGCAUGGGAAUUUCAGACACAUUU